AUGGGUAGUAAAACAGCUAGAAAAUAUAAGUUUCUAAUAAAACAAGCAUUAAGUCAUAAACCAACAUUGUUAUUAUUAAUAGCUCUCAUUUUAUGUAUACUAUAUUUAUUUACUGGAUCUAAUGAUGAUGAUAAUAAUAAUAGUAAUUUAUAUAAAAGAAAUUUACAAAAUUCAUUAACACGAGGAAAUCGAGAAGAGACAUCUUAUGAAAAUUUACCAGGUGAUAGUGAUCCAAAUACUUUUUAUACAGCAGGUAUUAAUGGAAAUUUUGAACCACCACAACAAAUAGAUAAUGGUGGUCCAGGAGAAAUGGGAAGACCAUUACAUAUAGCAAGUAAUGAUAAAUCAAGACAAGCUAUGCAUGAUUAUGGUUUUAAUACAUAUGUUAGUGAUUUAAUUUCAAUGAAUCGUACUAUACCAGAUAUAAGAAUGGAAGAAUGUAAACAUUGGAGUUAUCCUGAAGAUCUUCCAACAACAUCUGUUGUUAUUGCUUUUCAUAAUGAAGGUUGGUCACCAUUAUUACGUACUGUUCAUUCUGUUAUCCUUCGUACACCAUCAUAUUUAUUGGAAGAAAUUAUUAUGGUUGAUGAUUUUUCUGACAAAGAACAUUUAAAAAGCCGAUUGGAGGAGUAUAUUAAACAAUUUAAUGGUAAAGUUAAAUUAAUACGUAAUGCUGAAAGAGAAGGUCUUAUUAGAACAAGAACAGUUGGUGCUAAAGCAGCAAAAGGUAAAGUAGUAGUAUUUUUAGAUGCUCAUUGUGAAGUUAAUAUUAAUUGGCUUCCUCCACUUCUUGCUCCAAUAAAAUAUAAUAGAAAAGUUAUGACUGUUCCUGUUAUUGAUGGUAUUGAUAUGAAUACAUGGGAAUAUAAAAGUGUUUAUGGAUCUCCUGAUGCACAUUUUAGAGGAAUAUUUGAAUGGGGUUUAUUAUAUAAAGAAAAAGCUCUUUCUGGUAAAGAACUUCGUAGAAGAAAAUACAAUUCUGAACCAUUUCGUUCACCAACACAUGCUGGAGGUCUUUUUGCUAUAGAUAAAUCAUGGUUUGCUGAAUUGGGUUAUUAUGAUCCAGGACUUCAAAUUUGGGGUGGUGAACAAUAUGAAUUAUCAUUUAAAAUAUGGCAAUGUGGUGGGGGUAUUUUAAUUGUUCCAUGUAGUCAUGUUGGUCAUGUCUACAGAAGUCAUAUGCCUUAUAAUUUUGGUAAAUUAACUGGUAAACCUGUUAUUUCAACAAAUAUGCUUCGUGUCAUUCGUACAUGGAUGGGUGAUUAUGAAAAAUAUUAUAUGAUACGGGAACCAUCAGCCCAAAAUAGAGAUCCAGGUGAUCUUACAGAACAAAUUGCAUUAAGAGAAAGAUUACAAUGUAAAGAUUUUCAUUGGUAUAUGGAAAAUAUUGCUUAUGAUGUAACUGAAGAUUUUCCACUUCUUCCACCUAAUGAUGUUUGGGGUGAAGCUAAAAAUGCUAAAACGGGAAGAUGUCUUGAUGUUGGUACACCUGGUUCAAUAAUGUCUGCAUCUGGAUGUCAUGGUUAUGGUGGUAAUCAACUUCUUAGAAUAAAUGUUGAAGGUCAAUUUAGUCAGGGUGAAUGGUGUAUUGGACUUCAUAGAGAUAAAGUUCAAGCUGAACGUUGUAAGAUGGGAACAGUUAAUGGUUUAUGGGAAUAUAUAAAAGAAACUAAACAAAUAAGACAUAAGAAAAAAGAUAAAUGUAUAACUGUUCCCACAUCUGGAGUUUCUGAUGAGGUAACACUUGAAGAGUGUGAUUCACUUAAUGAUUUUCAAAAAUUCAAAUUUAGAGAAAUAUUUAAUGAUUAG